GUGAGUAAUCAAACGCACAGGUGAAAUUGACAUGUUGUAAAUACAGGUAUUUCAAAAAUGGCGACGAUAUAGAAAAUUUGAAAUAUUUGACUGAUUACACAGACAAAGGUAUCAUUUUGUGUUAGUAAACAAAAGUCCGGAAGUGUAAAUAAUAAUGGGUGGUGAAGAAGAUUUAGAUACUUUGAAAUUGGAGGACAUCUCUUCUCUGUUUAAAGCGGGAUGUGUUGUUCUGCUAGCAGCCUUCCUCUUCCACACAAUAGGCAUGGCCACCAACCACUGGGCUGUAUCAGUAACAGAUGCUCAUGGCACCAUUCAGUAUAAUGGUUUGUGGGAGAAGUGUGCUGAUGUUAGAUUAGGGAAAGGAGAUUUUGAAUGCCAAGGUUUUAUCUGGUCAGAUCCACAAGUCAGUCAUUGGUUUCGUUACGUACAGACAACAGAAGUACUAUCGUUCUGUGCAAUGAUGAUAAUGAUAGCAUUUGCUUUAUUGUACCUGUUUGCUAAAUUCAUCACAGAAGAUCAUAAAAAGAAUCUUAAAGUUUUGGCCCUUGUUUUGGGUUUCCUCAGUGGUGUACUUAUCAUUAUUGCCUGUAUUGUAUUUGGAUCACUAAAAGAUGUACAGAAACCAAGAAGGAUGCAAGCAGCUUCUGUCAACUUAUCAUGGAGCUUUGCCUUCAGUUUGGUUGGUGGAUUGUUGUCAAUAGCAACAGGAGUCAUCUUCACAAUUUCAUCAUAAACAUUUAAAAAAUUUUAAAUAUUGAUAUCAGGAUAUUGUAUAUAUGCAUGUGUAUAAAUUUCAUUUCAUUUUCAUUUGUUUAUUGGAAGCAUUUAUACAUACAUGUACAUAUAAUGACACUCAAAUCACAAUUUUUGUAUCUGACAAUAUAAAAGCAUUAUGUAAGGGAAAUAAAAUUCUCUUAUCUUUAAACCAGUUUGUAAAUUUGUCCUCUACCAGUACCUUCUUUUUAUUUUUUGACUAGUACAGUUAAGGUGUCAGAAUAUAUAUCUUGGUGGCUGAAAUUUGUACAUUAAAAUGCUAUGCAGCUGGAGUACCAAUUCCAGUAAAAUUUUGGAAACUUAUCGGCAAAACAUAUCAGAAGGUAAAUUUGGUGAUUUUAAAUACAAUAACUCAUUAUCUUACAUUCACCACAUAUACUCAUCAUUUUUCAUAAAUUCUUGUAUACAGAGAGAACUAAAUCUUAAGUUAUUUAAAAUGCCAGUUUUACGAAAUUAAAAAGUCAGCCUGCUGCUGGAUCUGUCCAUUGACUUUAUUUAAACUAUAACUAUGUAAAAAUCAUACAGCAUCUCAUGUUUCUUGUAAUUAUAUUAUUUUUUCUAAUUAAUAGAAAAAGAGAAAUAAGUGUACUUUAACUAAUAAGAGAAAUAUCACUUUUACAUUUUGUCUCAAGAAAGAUUAUUUUAUGGCCUCUUGUUCACAGUAAUUAUUAACAAUUUUUAUGAGGUCUUCAUUUUUAAUCAAACUGUUUUGCAAAGUUAUUUAGUUUCUGUAAUCUACAAAACAGUGUAUAUAAGAAAGAAAUCAUCUUGUGCCAUUUUAAUUAUAUUAUGUAAUCUUGACAAGUUUUAUCAUGUAUAUAUGAUUAUUUUUAUAUCAGAUAUUGUAUAAAUAAACAUAAUAAGCUUU